AUGACACACCAAGCCGAAGACAACGGCAGCCUCAAAGCCCUUCCUCUUCGCGAUCUAGCAUGCCGCCUGGAUAGCACAUCGACCGUUUCGACUCUCUCCUUUGGAUCGGGUUACUUCACCCCCGGUGGUGACUACAGCCCGAUGAUCCCCAAUCGCAACUCCAGUAUUCCUCGUUUGCAAAACCUUGAACGCUUCCAGGCCGACGGCGGAGACCGUCAAUUACAGGUGCCAGGACGAAAGAUGAGUCUCCAUCGCAUCAAGCGUACGGGCAGCGGCGUUGACAGUCGAAACAGCGGCAGUGAAAACGACAAUAGCGAAAAGACUGCCAAGGCUCGUGGGCCACCCUGUCGCCCCAGUCGACAAGAUACCGCCGAUCGAAAAUGCUUUGAAGAGGAGACGCAGAGACCGGGCUUGGAAAGAGUAACUGGCAGUGCGAACAUGAGUGCUAGGCCGGGCUUGGAUCGAAGAUCAGGCGGCCUCAAUGUGGGCCCUGAUAGGCCGGGAUUGGAUCGGAGAUCGGGUGGCAUUAACGUGUUCUCCGGCUAA